AUGUUGUUCAUUCUGCUACCCUUGUUAACAUUAAUUGGCACCGUUGAAUCAAAUUGUGGAUGCUGUAUCCAUAAUCCCUGUCAGCAGCCUCCACCGUGCCCACCGCCUGUAGAGUGUCCACCACAAAUUUGCGAUUGUCCUCUUCCACCCCCACCUCCACCGCCUAGGAAGUGUUUUUGCCGAACUAUGUUUCCACCUCCGCCUCCUCCUCCAGCUAUGUCUGUAAAUACUUGUUGUGUGACAUGCACAUCUCCCUGUGGUUUCGCAAGGAGAAGAAGACGUGAUGUUUCAAAAGCAGAAUCUAGCAUUUUUUCGAUUAAAGGUAUCACUGAUGACCCGGUGUGCAAUAAUUUGAAGCUGAAGAGAAUUAUGGAAGAGGUAGAACUUAAUAAUAUGAUAGAAGACGCGGCAACUUCUCGACGAAAAGUUAAAGAAGCUGCUGAAAACAAACUUCGCAGCAAGUUUUCUGUCAUUUGUGCCGCUGGCGAUUUCUCGUACUCAGCAUAUACGGAAAGCUUCUGCCAAGUUCGAAAAGAGAAAUUUACGUGCUAUGCUUUUGAAACAAAUUUUUAA